ACUUUUAUUCCAGAUGACAGCAUUUCUCAGCUGCAAGCACAAGGAGAAAAACCAUCAAAAGGCCAGAAGCUGCAUGUGAAAUUCUGUGUUUACACCUCUGCAGACUCAGAGUACCAAGGCUGCUUCCUCACCAUUGGUGAAGACCAGCAUCUGGAAGACUGUAAAUUCAACCUCUCUGCUAAAACCUUCGUUAUUAUUCAUGGCUGGACAAUGAGUGGCAUAUCUGAGCAAUGGAUUGGCAGCAUGGUGUCGGCCCUGCACGGACGAGAGAGGUAUUCCAACGUGGUGGUGGUUGACUGGCUUUUUCUGGCUCACCAGCUCUAUCCUGAUGCAGUGAACAACACCAGGGUCGUCGGGAAGGAGAUCGCACGGCUCCUGAACUGGUUGCAGGAGAAAGGGCAUUUCCAGCUCCAGAAUGUCCACUUGAUCGGCUACAGCCUCGGGGCCCACGUUGCUGGAUUCACUGGCAGCUACGUCCAGGGGAAAGUAGGCAGAAUUACAGGCUUGGAUCCAGCUGGCCCGAUGUUUGAGGGUGCCGAUCCCAGCAGGCGCCUUUCUCCUGAUGACGCGGACUUCGUGGACGUGCUGCACACCUACACGCGGGAGACGCUGGGCUUCAGCAUCGGGAUCCGGAUGCCCGUGGGCCACCUCGACGUCUACCCCAACGGAGGAGACAGCCAGCCGGGGUGUGGCCUGACUGAGGUCAUCGGCGCAUUGGCCUAUGGGAAUUUCGGGGAGGCGGUGAGGUGUGAGCACGAGCGGUCAGUGUACCUGUUUGUGGACUCGCUUGUGAACAAGGAGAAGCAGAGCUUUGCCUUCAAGUGCUCGGAUUCCGAACGGUUCCGGAAGGGCAUCUGCUUGAGCUGCCGUAAGAACCGCUGCAGUGGCAUAGGCUACAACGCCAGGAAAAUGAGGGGCAGGGCGAGCAACAGGAUGUACUUGAAGACGCGGGCUGGCAUGCCUUUCAAAGUUUUCCACUACCAAGUGAAAAUACAUGUUUUUUGCUACAAAAGCGUGGGAGAAAAGAAACCAACUUUCUCUGUCAUGCUGCAUGGCACCAACGGGGAUUCCCAGCCUCUCCCGCUGGAAGUGUUCGAGGAGAUCGGCCUGAACCACACCAACAGCUUCCUGGUCUCUACUGAAAAAGAUGUUGGCGAUAUUCUGAAGAUCAAGCUCACUUGGGAUGGGCCCACGCAGUCCUGGUACAACUUAUGGAGCGGGCUGAAAAGUUACUGGUCUCAGCCGGAUGAGUCCUCCAAAGAGCUGCAAAUCCGUCGGAUCCGGGUGAAGUCUGGUGAAACUCAGCGGAAGUACACCUUUUGUGCAGAAGACCUCCAGAUGACCACCAUCACUCCUGGCCAAGAGCUCUGGUUCAUUAAAUGUCGAAAUGACUGGCAGAAGAAGAACCAAACAAUAUCAAUAUUGAGCUUGCACUGAAAAUGCCUUUCAUGGUUGACUUUUUGCAUCUGUUGGGGACUGAACCAGCCAAAUCAACUGCAGAAGAAAAACUGCUCAGGCAAAAGACGUUGCUGAAGACGUUUUAUUAUUCUAUUUUAUUAUUGUUCUUUCUUUCUUGCUAGCACUUACAACAGCUUGCUGUUGAAGGACAGAUGUCUUGGUCUCUAAGAACUGUGACAAUGCGAACAGCAUUUCUGAGAACUUCACAUAUUUAUGGCUUCAGUGUCAACCUUUUUAGAGUAGCACAAUUAUUUUUACACACAAACAAAAAACCAGUCUGUUACUAACUUGGCCCUCCUUUUGAGAGCCUACCUUCUGUGCCUGAACAUAUUUGCUUCAUGCGAAGCCACAUCUCUGCCUUUACCUAGCACUUGUCCAUAAAGCACAAAUACAUUGCACAAUUCUGCAAAAAAUAAAAUAAAAAAAAUAAAAAUCUAUGUGCAUGCCUUACUACAGGCCAAUCCUCACAUUCAGAUCAAUCAAAUGGUAUGAACCGGCCUGGUGUUCACCAGGUAUCUUGGACUGUAACUUCCAUCAUUCCCAGCCAUUUUAUCUUUUUGAAAUUCUGCUCUUAACUCCAUCUUGCCCACAAGGCUCCAUAGGGCCAAGAGAAGUCUGCUAACGUGCUCUCAGAAGCUAGAUGAUAAUUGAAGCCUUUGGCGUGCCCAAAGGACCCCCUCAGCAGAAGCUGGGGUGUUACAUCGCUGUGAUCUUCUGUGCUUGCACCCCCCUCUGCAGGUAGCCUUGGGGCUCAUUCCCCACUAACUUGAAGGGACUGUAGGUUGCUAGUUCACGCGGCAGAUUUCUUCAGUCAAGAGGCGGUACACUCAAAACAGGAACAGCUCAGGGUACGCUCUGCAAUGGGGAGAUGAUUCCUGCUUGUGUUUGCACACUUACUAAUGAGAAAUCACUUCAGAUGUGUGUGCAGCAUGCCCACAGUUGUAAUUCAGAAAAACAACAGCGGUGUGGCUAUAAAAAGUUUGGAAAGCAUAGCACUAUGGAUAUGCUACAGAAGUGCCCAGUCAAAGGUAGAAUUUUACCUUGAUCACGCACAAAGCAAAGCUAUUGUGGGUUAAUUCUGCACAACAUGGAGAAGGAAGCAGUGCCAGUUUAGAAACAAGCCUUCUUGGGCCGUUGAUGAUUGCAGGUGUGACAUAUACGGGCCAAGUGUCACAUAUAUAGAGUUGUGUCCCAACCAAAGUCAAGAUAAUUCUCCAUGUAGUUUGUUUUAGUCCUGCAGAACUGAAGCAUUUGAUAAUUGUGUGUGCCAUGUAUUUAUACAAAGGAUCCUGAAGUGUCAUGAAGUUUGAUAUGUAUAUAAAAGGUUUUCUAAUCCUUGCACCUCCCCUAUUUAUUUUCCAGAUGUUUGUGUUUGUAUAUACG